GCUAAAAACCCACAGAAAGGGCAAAAAAAAAAAAAAAAGUAAUAAAGAGAAGUGAUGGUUUCAAAAACUCAAGAUUUGUUUUGUUAAAAGUUACUAGUUUUUAUUAUAUUUUUUUUCAAGCCCACCUUCCCAACUUUCUCCCAACCUUUUUCUUCUUUCAUUCGUGUUCUUUUGUCUCAAAACAUUCUUAAAACAUGUCUUUUUUUGUUGUUCAUUUGAUUCUUUUGAGUCAUCUUAGACGGGCUUAUAACUGAAAAGAUCAUACAAAAUUCUUCAUUGUUUCAUAAGAUUAAUGUUGUCUGCAUUUAUCAAUGUGUUUGAUUUCUGAAACUUACGUUGUGGGUUUGGAAAUUGAGCAGAAACCGGAGCAAAUACUUUGGGUCAAUAGAGUUCCCAGUAUUGAUUUUAUGAACAAUUUGAUUGCUGGGUCUUUUGGGUGAGAAUAUGUAAGUUAUGGUAUCAGCAACAUUGAUGCGAAUUGUGCCGCCCUGUUGGAGGCCUUCCGUUGAGGGUGAGAAUUCUAGUAGAGGUGGGGAUGCUAAUGGUAGGUUUGAUGGAUUGAUAUGGUCCAAAGAUUUAGGAGAACAUGUUACUGGCGAGUUUUCAAUGGCAGUAAUUCAAGCAAAUAAUCUGUUGGAAGACCAUAGCCAACUUGAAUCAGGUCCGAUGAGCUCGGUUGAAUCGGGGCCUCAUGGGACAUUUGUUGGAAUUUAUGAUGGUCAUGGAGGUCCAGAAGCUGCUAGGUUCAUAAACAAACACCUUUUUGGCCAUAUCAAGACUAUUAAUGGUGCAGAGUUUACAGCUGAGAAUCAUGGAAUGUCAGCUGAUGUAAUAAACAAAGCAUUUUCGGCAACCGAAGAGGAUUUUCUUACUCUUGUCAAGAAGCAGUGGCUUAGUAACCCACAAAUUGCUUCUGUUGGUUCAUGUUGUUUGGUGGGAAUACUUUGUAGCGGACUGCUAUACAUUGCAAAUGCUGGAGAUUCUCGAGUGGUCUUAGGAAGACUGGAAAAAGCCUUUAAAGAGGUGAAAGCAGUUCAGUUAUCAUCUGAGCACAAUGCAAGCAUUGAAUCUGUGCGGGAGGAGUUGCGAUCAUUACAUCCUGAUGAUCCACAGAUUGUGGUCCUCAAGCACAAAGUAUGGCGGGUUAAGGGUAUUAUACAGAUUUCAAGAUCCAUUGGUGAUGCUUAUCUAAAGAAGGCAGAAUUCAACAAAGAACCUCUAUUGCCAAAGUUUAGAGUUCCAGAAUCAUUCGAGAAGCCAAUCCUACAAGCUGAGCCAGCAAUAUUAGUACAGAAACUCCAUCCUGAAGAUCAGUUUCUUAUCUUUGCAUCAGAUGGUCUAUGGGAGCACCUUGGCAAUCAGGAGGCAGUCAACAUGGUCAACACCUGUUCACGUAAUGGUAUUGCCAGGAGACUUAUCAAAGCCGCGCUUCGUGAAGCAGCAAAGAAGAGGGAAAUGAGAUACUCAGACUUGAAAAAGAUUGACCGCGGAGUAAGGAGACAUUUUCAUGAUGAUAUAACAGUUAUUGUUUUGUUUCUGGAUUCCCAUCUGAUAAGCCGCAGCUCAUGGUGUGGACCCCUGGUUUCAAUCCGAGGUGGUGAUGGAGUCCCUGGAAAUGGCAACUGCUAGUGCAACAGGUCCUAGACCUCUAUCAUUUUCUCCCCAUUUUCUCCUUUUGUAUUAACAAGCAUUGAAAAUGAUUUUUUUCCCAAUGUAUAGCCACUCAAUUCAGGAACUUGUUUCCAUAAAGCCAUGAUAGAAUUAUCUAUAGAUGUUAGUUACCAGUUAGAGAGUGCCUAAGAGAAUUCCUCCAUUGAAGUUUACUCUGGUGACUGACACAUGAUAAUUGAAAAGCUAUAAAAAUUCAUUGAUAUCUAUGGUA